CGCGCAGGGGCGCUCUCCUGUUUUCUGAAAGCGCAGUUGCCUGUACGAGUUGCUGAACCCGUGAGCCGUCAUGUCGGGCAGGUCGGUGCGCGCAGAGACCCGGAGCAGGGCCAAAGAUGACAUCAAGCGGGUUAUGGCCGCUAUCGAGAAAGUACGAAAAUGGGAGAAGAAAUGGGUGACAGUGGGCGAUACAUCACUGCGUAUAUAUAAAUGGGUUCCUGUAGCAGAGUCAAAGUCAGACGAUAAAAAUAAAAACAAGAAGAAUGGACAGGAUGAGAAAUAUGGAUCAGAGGUCACAACCCCCGAAAACAGCUCCUCCCCAGGAAUGAUAGAUAUGCAUGAUGAAAACAGUAACCACAGCUCCAUCGCAGACUCGUCACCUGUGAAGCUGGAGGCCAACAGUCAUAGCAGCCCUGGGCCUGAGCUCAGUGGCGCCACCCAGAGGGAGGGCAGCGACACUGCAGCUCCUAAAGAGGAGGCUGGCGUGACCCACACAGAUGGUGCGGAUGCCAGGAACGAACAGGCCGAGGAUCAGGGCAGUGACAGUCAGGCUUCAGGCACUGAGACAGUGAAAAGCAGAUCGGCAGAAAACUCUGUCAUUGUUGUGACCAAACGAAGCCCCCAAACCACUAGGGGGCAGGACCUCCCUUCAGAUGCCACGAAAUACACUCAGGAAUUAGAGGAGGGCCCUCCAAGUAAGAAGACCAAACAGGAGUCACCUUCUAAGGAGCCUAAGGAAGAGAUGUAGAUCAGCCUCAGUUGCUUUUAACAGUGUAGAUGUAUCUUCCUCAAUGGUAUGGGUGCAUCCUGGCGUAGGCUACCUCUCCCAUAAGACAGGCACCACACUUUCACACAAGUUGUGUUAGUGCCCCAUCAUUCACUCCUCUAUAGAACCCUUCAGUGUUAAUGCCCCAUCAUUCACUCCUCUCUAGAACCCUUCAGUGUGAUCUGUUCUAUUCUGGACAUACAGAGGUGUUACAUGUAGAAAAAUGUGUUUAUUUUCCCACCAGAUCAGGUUAACAUUACCAUCAUGCCAUCAUUCUCAUACCCCAGUGCAGCGUAAGAGUUCAACCCAAUUAGAUGUCAUAAGUGGCAUAUGCACCAAUUUGCCUCAGCUAUAGAAGUACAUUCAGUGCUCUGUGGUAGAACGAGACCUUGUGUUAGCCUCACAUCUGAGAGACUGCAAUCCCCUGGGUAUGAACACACAGAUGAAAAACAUUUUUAUCUGUGGCGCUUACUGCAGAGGACUCAUGCCUCAAGGGGCUUCUGCGUUAAAUUAGGUUUAGUUAUUUAACCAUCGCCUAACAGCAGUCUAUAAUGAAGUGAAUAUAUCCUAGUGACACAAAAUUAGAGGUAAUUAGCAUUUUUAGUAUUCUCAUUAAGGAUUGUGUUCAGUACUCUUGUAAUAGUUUUUUUUUAAUAUAUAUAUAUUUCUUUUUUUUAUGAAGCAGAUGUGCAAGCGAACUGUAAGCACACAGCAUGCUGGAGCGCUGAAUGUUAUUUUGGGCAUUGCAUAUCAAAUUGUGUAACAAACUGUGAGGGAUGUUGGAUUUUCGUAUGACCUGUUUUAGGGGGCAUUCCACAAAAUUGGUAAUAUUUGACCUAUUUUACGGGGGUAUUCCAACAGCAUUAAAGUUUAGGAUAGGGAUUUUUGCUGCAGAAUUCUUCUGCUCUGUCACUGCAUUCAAAAACCUACAAAACAGAAAAAACACACUUUAUGAUUUUUGAGAUGUGUGGUGGUAUUGGAGGAUGCAAAUGUUCACUGGGAGUAAAGUGCAUUUGGAGGCUACAUCUUUUCAGUUUACAUCCAUUGUUAGCCCUCCCAUACCCCUGGAGUCCAUAUGUUUAAAACAAAAGACAAACAUUACCACCAUUUGAUGGCUUGUUCUAGAAAGCUAGGUGACCCAGUAAAUACCUCAUGUCCAGUUUAACCAAGCUGCUAUUGAAAGGUUAGAUUUUAUCUGUGUGUAACACCUCACAUUGUCAGUCACUGUUUUACGAUUCUAACAACCUGUCCUACACAUUAGAGUAUUGGUGUAUAAGAAAACAAUGAACGCUAUGAACACUUAGAUAUAGCAUUCCUCUUCUUUGAACACGUUUUGGUUCUUGGUAUGAUAGCUCUACAUUAAACAUGGUGUUACCUAUUUAUUUUUCUUUGCCUUGUUUAAUGUGUACAAAAUCUGCUUUUAAUA